AUGGAUACCCUAAGCAAAUCAGUCAACCUGGAGCCCAUCCUGGAGCUCCUGCGCCAAAUAAUUCAGCUGGUGCCCGAACCUAUCCACAACCUCAUCAUCUCGCUGAUCGGCGCGUCCUGCCACCGUACCCUUCUCCUCGAUCUCGAUCUCACCGGAGAUCCCGCCUGUACAUCGCUCGCCAUCUCCAAGGCACUUGGUCUGGCAAUCGUUGGUGCCAGUGCGGUGGUCAAGCUUCCUCAGAUCAUUAAGCUGAUCAACUCGCGCUCCUCCGCCGGUGUCUCUGCCGUUUCGUACGCCCUGGAAACUGCCAGUCUGCUCAUCACCCUCGCCUACGGUGUGCGCAACCAGUUCCCCUUCACCACAUAUGGCGAGUCGGCUCUCAUUGCCAUCCAGGAUGUUGCUGUCAGCGUCCUGGUCUUGACCUUCGCUGGACGCUCGGCCGCCGCCGCGACCUUUGUCGCCGUUGUCGCGGCUAGUGUCUAUGCGCUGCUUUUCGAUCAGACUCUGGUCGAUGCGCAGACCAUGUCUUACCUGCAGGCCGGUGCGGGUGCUUUGAGUGUUGCGAGCAAGGCUCCUCAGAUCUAUACCAUCUGGCGUGAGGGUGGAACUGGACAGCUGAGCGCUUUCGCGAUCUUCAACUACCUCGUUGGCUCCCUAUCCCGUAUCUUCACCACUCUCCAGGAAGUCGACGACAAGUUGAUUCUUUAUGGCUUCAUCUCGGGCUUCACCCUGAAUGUGAUCCUCGCUGCCCAGAUGGUCUACUACUGGAACAGCCCGGUGCCCAAGAAGAAGGUGCCCCGCAAGUCCGCGGACAAGGCUGUCUCAGCCCAAAGCACUGCGGUGCCUAAGUCAAGCUCCAAGUCGCCCACUACCCGACGACGCGGCUAG